UUUAUUUGCUAUUAAUUGAAUACAAUUUUUAAUAUAAAAGAAAUGAUUAGUGAAUCAAUUGAAAACUUAAAUAAUAAAAUGAUGCUCUAAAAAAUACAUGAGAGUUAAGAAACUCUAGCUACUGGAUCUUACCAAAUCUGCACCUAAGGACUAUUUGACUUUCUAGGAUAAGAUCAUUUGACUGAGACUGAACAUUUUUAGUCUAUGACUUCAAACACCAUCGAAAAUAUAAGAUCCAAGUUAUAAAAGCGAGAAACCAAAUUUUAAGAUAAAGAUGGAUAACAGAAGAUUACCACUUUUGGAAGCUCUAACCCAAAUACUAUUUAAGGAAUGGAUGAAUCAAAUUGUUCUACUAACCUAAUAACUUCUUCAAUCACCUAUAAUAAUCAACAAUAAUAUAAAAAGUAGAUUUCCUAAAACCCUGCUAUAUCAUAAAUAAAAAAAGAGGAGAGCGAUUAGCCUAAAAUAUUUAUAUAAUACGAAGAAAAUAAAGAUUUUGAUCUGUUUACAUUCAGUCCUUUAAAAAUGAGAAAUCUUAAAUCAGAAAUAUAACAAAAAUAAUAAAAUAAUUUAUUUGAAGACAACAACUUUUUGAUAAAAGAAUAGAAUUUAUUAAUGCUAAACUAAGUUGUGGAGUAAGCAGAAAGCAUUGAAAUUGAUUUAAGCGACAGGGAAGAUGAUUUCCAUCACGAUUUUAAUGGAUUUAAACUAUAAAAAUAAGAUAGUCACAAUUUAAAUUUAGAACUACCUUUAAUCGUUUAGCCUUGCUAAUUAGAAUCAAACUAAUAAUAAAUAUUGGACAAUUUAUUAUCUCAAGAAAUUGAUAUAUCACACAUUAGUUAAAAUAUUUCGAAUAUUUCUUAAUAAUCUGUUGGGGAUGAUAAUAUGAUAAAGUGUUAUUCUGGAAAUAACCUUAAUAUUUAAAAUAAAGAAAUUCCUUCUCUUAAGAGGUAAAGUUCUGAACCUUUGACUUAAAGCAUCUACAAAGAUAAAUUAAUUUCAUCUAAUAGCUCAAUAAGCUAAAGAUGCUCAAAUAAAAAGAUUAAAUAAAAAUGUAAAAUUGACAAAAAGUAAAAUAAAAAAAACCAAAAUUAGGAAUCCUUAACUUCAUCAUUAUCUAUUCCAUCUGAAAAAUAAUCUCAUACUUCAAGCAAAAAAUAAGAAAAUUAAUUAUAUUGUAGAAUCGGAAAAUUAUUUUUUAGAUAUUUAAAACUAAAAAGGGACAGUUGCCUUUUAAAAAGCGAUAAAAGUGGUGCCCUUCUUUAUAAAUAAUACAAAGACUUAUUUAAAAAUACUUUCAAUAAUUUAAAGCAAAAAUAAAACUUUGACAGCUUUUUGUAAGAAUAAUAAGAGAAUGAAAAAAUAUAAGGAUUGUAAGCUUAAUUCUCAGAAUUUCUAGAUUCUAAGAUUGAUUAAAGUUGUAAAAUAGACUAGGAUAAUACUACGUAAGUUACUGCAUUAGAUUUUUAGAAAAUAAAAGAAAUAUUUUCAAAAUCUCAGUACAAGAUUUUAAAAUCUCCAAAGAAUAAAUGA